CACUCAUCCCUCCUUUCUCUCACUCCAUCCCCCACUUCCAACUCCUCCUUCUCGCUCUCCACCGCUAAUUCCAACAGCUGAUUUCCAGAUCAGAGAGAGAGAGGAACACGGCGAGACAGUCCAGGGUUGGAGUCGGCUGCAGCAGAAGGAUUUAAAGCGAGCAGAAAUGCGUCCGUCAUGAAGAUCUGAGCUCCGCCGCCGCUGCCAUCAGCUCCGAGAGGAUGGCUUUCCAUGGAUCCUCUCGGCCAACAGUGUGUGGUAACUUGUUCCCUGGAUCAGACUUAGGCCACAAGUAUUUUUGUGUGAACACCACGACCGGCACUACCUCAACGGGCCUCAGCGCAACACCAAAUCCGACUGGACCCAACGCUCCCGCUGGGACUCCCAGACACCCGGCGUCUCUCGGGGGCAGUGCAGGCGGAGGUGCGGCCAUCCCACAACCUCACAGUAACCCAGCAAGUGAGGUUCCAAGUCCUGCUGAAAUGGAGCCUGAUCGGCCUAUCGGUUAUGGUGCAUUUGGGGUGGUCUGGUCUGUGACGGACCCUCGGGAUGGACGUAAGGUGGCUCUGAAGAAAAUGCCGAAUGUCUUCCAGAACCUGGUCUCCUGCAAACGUGUGUUCAGGGAACUCCGGAUGCUGUGUUUCUUUAAACAUGACAAUGUGCUGUCUGCCCUUGACAUUCUCCAACCUCCACAAAUCGACUGCUUUGAGGAGAUAUACGUGAUCACUGAGCUCAUGCAGAGUGACCUACAUAAAGUCAUCGUUUCCCCUCAGCCUCUCACCACCGAUCACAUCAAGGUGUUCCUCUACCAGAUACUCAGGGGUGAGUUCACAUGGGCAUAUGUCACUUUUGGAUUACAUUCUUCUUUUUUUUUAAUUUUGGGAAUCUGGAUGAAUGUACAUAAAAUGUUGAGCCCCAUACAACAGUUGGAUCUGAUCACUGAUCUCCUCGGGACUCCUCCUCUUUCUGCCAUGGCAUCCGCCUGUGAAGGAGCACGAGCGCACAUUCUUAGAGGACCCCACAAACCACCCUCGCUGUCUGUUCUGUACAUGUUGUCAGAUGGCGCAACACAUGAAGCUGUUCAUCUUUUGUGCCGCAUGCUAGUUUUUGAUCCAGCUAAGCGCAUCUCGGGCAGUGACGCUCUGUCUCAUCCGUAUUUGGAUGAGGGUCGUCUGCGGUACCACACCUGCAUGUGUAAGUGCUGUUACUCUGUGCCCAGCGGGAGGGUGUACACCCGAGACUUUGAGCCGCCUGCGGAUCGACCUUUCAGCCACAACUAUGAGCAGAGCAUGCACUCCGUCUGGCAAGGCAAAGAGCUCAUCCAUCGUUUUAUAACAGAGCACCAGCAAGGCAAACGAGUGCCUUUGUGCAUCAAUCCCCAGAGUGCAGCCUUCAAAACCUUCAUUAGAUCCACAGCCUGGCAUUCCUCAAAAGUAUCAAGGAAAGAAGAGAGAUGAGGUGGAUUCUGGGAAAUGUGGAUCAUAGGAGCAAGCAUGCUUUGGAGAUGACGAUAUGGAUCACAUGCUUUUGAAUGAACUCUCAGCACUCAUUCCAAUUCGACAUGGGGAUUUCUCAGAAAAACAGAUCCACUUAAACGACACUGAUGAAUAAUGCUUUUGAUGCUGCUGAGAACACUUUUAUACUGACUGUGUGCUUGAGGAUUACGGGAAAUAGAAUUUUUCCACAGAAAUAAAAAAAAAGAAAAGAAAAUAGAUUGUUGAAUAUGACUAAACGAGCCAACGUCAAUGUUGUGCAAUACAGAUAUCUGGAAUAAUGCAAAUGACGAGACUGCGCUGACCAUGAUUUCACUAACAGAUGAGAUGACAGUGCCCACGAGUCCAUAGCAUAGCCCCGGCGGCCAUCUUCAAUCUGCCGCUGUAUCUCCAAACGUUUAUCACUGUGUUCCUUUUGCGGGUUCUUAGGUUUUAUUCUGAAAAUUCUGGUAACCAAAAGUUCUUAAGUCUUCUUAUUUUGUUACCGCUUCCUCAUUCAGCUGAAUGCUUUCUGUCCGAUAUCACUCAGAUUUUCUACUUCUUUUUUGGGGGGAACCUCUCAACAUUUCUUAUGAAGCACCCUGAGCAAAUGCAUUCGAGAUUUAGAGAUGGCGGCGUCUCGUGAUGACAGACGUACGUACGUCUUUAUCUGUGGAACGUAGGUACUGUGCCGUCCCCACCUGAAGCAUCUUCUCAAAGGUCCCGCCCCCCUCCUAGGACCAAACGAGAUCGAUAUCAGUAUCCUGCUCUCUGAUUGGGCGAGGCUCUGUAGGCAUAGAAGAUAGAUUGAAUAUUAUUUAUUUUCUCUUUUUAAUUUAUUGUCGUCUUGUCCAGCUUGUUAGGUGUUUGUGUUUGGCGGACCAGGUGCGUGGGUUUCAUGGCGGCAUGAGCAAGCCAUCUGGUCCAUGUGUGUUUUUGAAAAACUGUGCAGGUUCGGAGAGUUUAGGGACUGUGCGGUGUCGUACAUUUUUAUUUGAUUUUAUUUUUUUGAAUAUUUCAUUACCUCAACCGGCCCUCACUGGGCUGGUGUAUAUAGACUGAACCCAAUCGUUUAUCAAAAAUGUACUGUAAUGCAGUCGAAUGACGUCAAGUGUGUGUGUGUGUGUGUGUGUGGAGCUCCUCCACUGGGCCGCAGUCUCUCUCUGAAUCCAUCUGCUUUUCUUUUUCCUUCAGAGCAGAUUGUCGAGACGGUGGCUUAUGGUUAAUUAUUAGAUAGCUGUUGGGGAAAUGCUGCUGUUUGUGUAAUACCUCCAAAACCUCCCCGACUCAUUUGUAAAAGUAACACGUCUAGAGCUCAGGUUUCAUAUUAUACGAUAUGGACUAGACUGUAGACAUUGUAGACGUGGGUCCAGGCAGUCGCUGGUGCUCUCUGGGUUUAUUGCAGAGCCGAAUACUCAAAAAUGCCCAGUACUGUAAGCGUUUGCCUCCUACCACCAGGUGGCAACACAAGCGAAGAGCACGAUUGGAUGUAUCAAGGCAGUUAUUGCUCAUCAAUAAUGUCUCUCAGUGCAUGUGUGUAUGGACUUCACUUGGAUUUGCAAUUGCAGUGCAUUAGGAGUUUUAUUUUAGAAAUGUUUAUAAAUGUGCUGUUGCUAUUUAAUUUCAUUAUAGGAAGGGUCCCC